UUCUGCGCGUGCAUCCGGGUCCUUGGGCUUCGUGUUCGGCGCGCCGGCCUGGCUCGCCGGAGGUUGCUGGUUAUUGGUUGUUGAAGCUGUUCCAGCGUCGGAAGAGCCGGUGGGUCCGCAGGUUUGGACUUCUUGUCCUGGAAGCUGUGCAUCACCGUAAUGAGGCUUGUAAUUCUUGAUAACUAUGACUUGGCUAGUGAAUGGGCAGCCAAAUACAUCUGUAAUCGCAUCAUUCAGUUCAAACCUGGACAGGACAGGUAUUUUACACUGGGUUUACCAACAGGAAGUACGCCUUUAGGAUGUUAUAAAAAACUAAUAGAAUAUCACAAGAAUGGUGACCUUUCUUUUAAAUAUGUGAAGACCUUUAACAUGGAUGAAUAUGUAGGACUUCCAAGAAAUCAUCCUGAAAGCUACCAUUCUUAUAUGUGGAAUAACUUUUUUAAGCAUAUUGAUAUAGAUCCUAAUAAUGCUCAUAUCCUUGAUGGGAAUGCUGCAGAUUUAGAAGCAGAAUGUGACGCAUUUGAAAAGAAAAUAAAAGAAGCUGGAGGAAUAGAUCUUUUUGUUGGAGGAAUUGGUCCGGAUGGUCAUAUCGCUUUCAAUGAGCCAGGAUCCAGUUUAGUGUCAAGGACAAGAUUAAAGACUCUAGCAAUGGACACCAUUUUGGCAAAUGCUAAAUAUUUUGAUGGAGAUUUAUCAAAAGUGCCAACAAUGGCUCUAACUGUUGGUGUGGGGACAGUGAUGGAUGCUAGAGAAGUAAUGAUCCUCAUAACAGGUGCACACAAGGCAUUUGCCCUGUACAAAGCCAUAGAAGAAGGAGUCAAUCACAUGUGGACUGUUUCAGCUUUCCAGCAGCAUCCCCGAACUAUUUUUGUAUGUGAUGAAGAUGCUACUUUAGAAUUAAGAGUUAAAACUGUGAAAUACUUUAAAGGUUUAAUGCAUGUACACAAUAAACUUGUGGAUCCACUAUACAGUAUGAAAGAAGGAAAUUGAAGGAGAUUGGAGCAAAAUUCUGCUUGAAUGAACAGAACACUUUUUUAUAUGUAGUAGGUGAAGCUAUGCAAUAUGAUAAAACAUGGGGAAUUUUGAAGAUUGUCAUUUUUAAAUUCCAAUGUCUAUGUUAAACAUUCCAUAUUUAGAAUGUCUCUCUUUUACACUAGGGUUUAGAAGUAACUGGCUCUCAAAAUUGAUUGGCUGUUUGUUUAUAAAGUACAGAAGCCACAUAGCCACCUAUAAGCAUAGAAAUGAAAUGUCUGCCUGUAUAAAAAUCUAAAAAAGUCAUUUUAAAGGUAAAGAUUUUGUACAUCAUUUGUGACAUGACUCCAGUGGCAUAUGUAGAUUUUUAUCUUUUAAGUACAAGAAGACACUCCAAGCCUUUCAGGUAUCAAACGGCUGUCAUUGCAAACCUUUACUUUUGGAAUGCUGUCUUUUUAUUUUCCGUGCAUUACACACACACACUUUUCUGCACAUGGUUGCCUUAGUCCUCUUCAUGCAGUAGCAUCUGGACAUCAAAAGUCCUGCUAUGUAUAUGUUGGUAAAAGAAAUGUGAAGAGAUGACAGUGCCUAAAAGUAUAGUUUACAUCCUUUUGGAAAGUAUGUGUAAGUGCAUGUUUUCUGUGCACCUCCUUCUAUAGCACUUUUUUACAAAUACGUGUAUGCUCCUAUUUAUAUUUAAUGACUUGGGUUCAUGCCCUUAAUAUAAGUAUCUUGGCAAUUAUGAGCUUUAUACCUAGACAAAUGCAUAAGGAAAUUGUUUUGAGGAAUAUUUUCUGAUUAUUGUUAAACUUCAUAAGUGAUUAGCUUUAUUCCAUAUACAUAUAUAUAAAAUGUCUAAAAGGAUAAUAUGAAGUGUAUAUAACAGGAAUUAUUGUAAACUACUUUAGAUUGCUAUAACUUACAUAAUUAAACUGCAAAUAAAAGCAUAUUGUUUU